AUGUAUCUGAGCAGAUUCGGGCUGCUCGCCCUUGGGGCAGCUGCUGUCGAUGCAUUUCGGGAUACCUCUCCAUUCUUUCUUGCUUCCACUUCUGAGGUCCUAGUGAACUCCGCAUAUAUCCAGUCCAGCGCUUCUCUGUUCGAUCAGCUCUCCUCCUCCCUUAGCGCCUGUCCGUCUGAGUACUAUGUCGUUGUCAACCAACCGGGUGUUCACAGCUCCGACUUCACGACGCGCAAGUCGGCACCCCGCCUCGGCGCGAAAAUGCUAGGCAAGGACAAGUCUAUCCGAUCAAGGAUGAGUGUCAAUGAAGUGACCGGGCUUCUGGAAGCCAAGCAAAUUAUGAGUCUGUUGGAGACUAAUUGCGGGGCUCAGACUACCGUUAUCGACGGUUCUUCCGGGUCAUACCCCUCCUAUUUCGAGGCAGGCCCUCGCAUUAUCGACGUUGAGUUCCCCAUGCUCUCGCUGGGCUCAGACCGCGCCAGUCAGCUUUCUGAUAACGAUGGCCUCAUCGCCGAUAUCAUCGACCGAAUUCCUUCCUCCUCCAAAUACACUCUCCUUUUUGUCACCUCGCCACGAGAGUUCCCGGAGACUGACUCCGUUGUUUUUGACUCCUCCGAGGACGCUUAUCCCGAAUCUGUCCGCAUGGAGCUCAAACGCGACUACUCUUCUCAUUCCUAUUCUAGCUCAUCUGAUUCACCCGAGAAGAACAAGUCCUUGUUCGAUGAGUACCAGUACUUCACUCCUGGCAUCUUCAUGGGCUUCAUGGCUUCUUUCCUGUGUCUUGUGAUUCUGUAUAUUGGUAUUAGUGCUCUGAGCAGUCUUCAGGUUCCCUAUGCUGCAUUUGAGAAGGACACAUCUGCUGCGAUGCAGAAGAAGCAGCAGUAG